AUGACAGAACCUAAAAAAGAAGCUAUUGAGGCAAUGUCAGAAUGUGGUCUAAGACCAAUGGAGUCUUAUAGGUAUAUGUCAACCGAAACUGGCGGAGACAACUGUGUAGGUCAUACGAUGAUUGAUCAUCUAAACUACUGCUACAAGUUAAAAAUGAAGCAAAUUGAUGGCAAGGAUUCACAAACACUAGUGAACAAACUGUAUGACAUACAAUCAAUAGAUCCCGAGUUCUUUUUCAGAGUAAGACUCAAUGCUGAAGGAAAAGUUGAGUGCCUAUUUUGGAGGGAUUCUAUGAUGAGAGAAGAUUACAAAAUAUAUGGAGAUGUUCUAGUUUUUGAUACUACAUUCAGAACCAAUAAGUACAAUCUCAUAUGUGCUCCAUUUGUUGGUAUCAAUAACCAUUGGAAAAACACAAUGUUUGCUUGUGCUUUCAUUGGGGAUGAAACCACAGAAUCUUUCGUUUGGGUGUUUGAAACUUUUCUGAAGGCUAUGGAAGGAAAGCACCCUAUAUCAAUUUUCACUGAUCAAGAUGCAGCUAUUGCUGCUGGAAUAGAACAGGCAGCAAAUGUAUACACGAUAACACUUUUCCGUGAUUUUGAAGAAGAGUUCAAGCUUUCUGUGGCAAGUAGUACAAUGUUCAAGGGAAGUGUAGGAAGAACAGUGUUUUUUGAAGUGUGGAUAGAAGGAAUAACAGGAUCAAGGCAAGAAGUUCAAUACAAAAUGGAAGAUUCAACCGUCACUUGCACAUGCAAAAACUUUGAAGAAUCUGGAUGGUUGUGCUUCCAUUGUUUAAGAAUAUUGCAUUUACAUUCAAUCAAUACAAUUCCAGAUCGUUACAUAACAACAAGAUGGACUAGAUAUGCAAAGAAACAGAUAUGGGAAAGGGUUGAUACAAUAAAAAGGGAGAAAGGUGAAAUCAACAAUUUUACUGGUUGGAGAUUACAUAUGAUCAGAAGAUACUAUAACUUAAUUUUGAAAGGGCAUAAGAUAGCAAAGGCCAGAAAAUUUAUCGAAGAGAAGUUUAAAAUGGAUAAUAAAGCAGUUGAUGAAAUCAUAAAAAAGGAAGAAGAAAGGAAGGCAAAAGAAGAAGCUGCAAAGAUAGCAGAACAAGAAAAGGCAAAAGAUGAAGCACAACGAGAAACACAAGACGGGGAAUCAACUAAUUCUGAAAUAACAAUUGUGCUUGAUCCUGAUCAUGCUAAUACUAAAGGAAAGAAUAAAGGGUCAAUAUGA